AUGAGGACCAUCGCUCUGUUGGGAGGCAUGACCUACAAUGCAACAGCGAUCUAUUACAACAUCAUCAACCGACAAGUUCAGAAGAAGCUUGGCGGGACUCAUUCAGCGAGCCUUCUGCUGCAAUCCUUCGACCAUGCCGAGAUGGGUGGCUAUUUUACCUCCGGUCAGUGGAAUGCAGCCGCGUCAAAACUCGGCAAAUCGGCUUUGAAUCUGAAAGCUGCCGGGGCCGAUGGUGUCAUGAUCUGCUGUAACAUUGGGCAUAAGGUCGCCGACGAAGUCGAGCGCCAGUCUGGCCUGCCGCUGCUGCACAUUGCCGACCCGACGGGCCGAAUAAUAAAAGAAAAAGGGAUCAGCAAAGUGGCUUUAAUAGGCACGAAACCUGUCAUGGAAGACACGUUCUUCACCGACCGUCUAAAGACCAAGUUUGGCAUUGAUGUUGUCGUCCCGGGCCCGGAGAAGCGAAACGCUAUCCAGGACAUGAUAUUCAAGGAGCUUGGUGCGAACAUUUUCACGGCCCAACAGAAGUCUAUAUUGCUCGGUGCCAUUGAGGAAACUGUCGAGCAAGGUGCUGCCGGUGUGGUCUUCGCAUGUACAGAACUUCAGUUCGUUGUCAAGCCUGAAGAUGUCAAAGUCCCUCUUUGGGAUACGAUGGAGGCUCAUGCCUCAGGUGCGGCUGACUGGGUACUUGCUGACGAUUAG